AUGCACGUCUCUCGUUCCAUUCAAAUCUACCUUAAAAUAUUUUUUAUCUAUCUAUCUAUCUAUCUAUCUAUCUAUCUAUCUAUCUAUCUAUCAGCCGCUUUCGAUAUCUGUCUGUCAAUCUCACAAAUCUAUCUAAUUAAUCUGCAACUAUCUAUCUAUCUAUCUAUCUAUCUAUCUAUCUAUCUAUCUAUCAGUCGCUUUCGAUAUCUGUCUCAAAUUUAUCUAAUUAAUCUGUAUCUAUCUAUCUAUCUAUCUAUCUAUCUAUCUAUCUAUCUAUCAGCCGCUUUCGAUAUCUGUCUGUCAAUAUCAGUUUGUUUUUAUCUAUCUAAACGUUCAAAUCUAUCUAUCUAUCUAUCUAUCUAUCUAUCUAUCUAUCUGUGUCACUUCAUUAUCUAUCUAUCAAUUUUCGUCCCUUUAUUUCGCGAGUGUAAAUUUAGCAGAAUUUGUCUCAAUCACAAACGGCUCUCCCUCGUCACACAGGAGACAACUGGAAUAGGCCUUAGGCGUUAUAAAGUUGGCGGGAGGUGCACAUUACAGCGUCCAUCCUUUAUACUAAGGAUUCAUAAAAAAGGAAAUCUAAAUCUAUCUAUCUAUCUAUCUAUCUAUCUAUCUAUCUAUCUAUCUAUCUCAGUCUGUCCAUUAUCUAUCUAUCUAUCUAUCUAUCUAUCUAUCUAUCUAUCUAUCUAUCUAUCUCUGCCUUUCGACAUUGUCUAUCAAUCUCACAAAUCAAUCCGCAUCUAUCUAUCUAUCUAUCUAUCUAUCUAUCUAUCUAUCCUAAUUAAUAUCUAUCUAUCUAUCUAUCUAUCUAUCUAUCUAUCUAUCUAUCUAUCUAUCUAUCUAUGUCUUCUUUAUGAUUCUAUCUAUCUAUCUAUCUAUCUAUCUAUCUAUCUAUCUAUCUAUCUAUCUAUCUCUUUUGAUAUGUACCUGUCGAUCAUAAUCUAUCUAUCUAUCUAUCUCUUUUGA